AUGCACCAAAGUGCAACAGAUGCGGGUAUCAUCACACGGGUAGUUGCCGAACUAUCAAGUGUAAUAAGUGCGGAAAGAUGGGGCACCGCACCCAAAAAUGCUAGGGUAACAACAAGGUGGUUAAGAAAGAAGGAGGUAGCAAAAACGAUAUCGAACGAGGGCAAAAUCAAGGUUGUUUCAAUUGCGGUGAUUUGGGACACUUCCGGAAGGACUGUCCCAAAGAAAACAAAGGCCGUGGAUGAGCCUUUUUUUAUAUCUUUAGAAUUUAAAGAUAUGCUUGGACUUAAGUCAACUAAACUAGAUGUUCUAUUCACUAUCGAAUUAGCGAAUGGAAAAGUGAUUGAAUCCGAUAAAAUUGUUAAAGGAUGUUCCCUAGAACUAGGAGGACGAAAAUUCAAAAUUAACCUAAUGCCCGUUCAACUAGGUAGUUUUGAUAUUGUAGUUGGAAUGGAUUGGCUAUCCACCAACCAAGCCGAAGUCGCAUGUUACGACAAGAUCAUUCGAAUCCCCCUUCCUAAUAAUGAGAAACUUCUUGUUCACGGUGAGAAAAACGAAAUGCCAUUACGAAUUAUUUCCUGUAUGAAAGCCCGAAAGUGCCUACGAAAAGGAUGUAUAACAUUCUUAGCACACAUAGUUGACAAAAAGGCCAAGGAGCUAAAACUCGAGGAAAUCCCGGUUGUGAAGGAAUUCCCUGAAGUCUUUCCAGAAGACUUGCCAGGAGUACCUCCACAACAACAAGUCGAAUUCUGA